AUGAAUCUCGACGCGGAUAGGGAACAAAUGACCGGACAGCUCGCUCUUUGCCUCGUCGAAAGCCUUAAACGCCUAAAGGCACUGGAUCCCACAAGCCUGCAGAAAACGAUGACUGAAUUACGGCAAUUGUUACCUCCAGACAUUCAUGCCGCUCUUGCGGAAGGCAAUUUCCACAUUACUGUGAUUCCAGAUCGCUCCAUCGAGAAUCCAAUGGCUCUACCAAGUAUACUCCAGGAGCAUGACUUGGAUACACCUCAACCUCCCUCCCUGGAGUUGUGCAAAGAUCCUGAUACACCGGAUGGUAGCCCGGGUACACCCAGUACACCCACCGAUUUCGAAAGCUACGUCGAGGCCAUGUCCAUUUAUCCAGAAGAAUACAUUUGGGACAACUUUGAUGUCGUUGAUUGGCCAAGUUGGAUGGAUAAUGAUAUCUUUUCGAGAUACGACUAG